AUGUCCUCCUUUACCUUCAAGGCCAUUUGCCACAUUUUUGCAUCUGCAAAUGCCUGAAAUCCAAUUGGGGAAUUCAACUGUAGUUGAUGAUUUAUGAGACAGAGCUAGGUUUAAACAUUAAUCUAUCUGCUUUAUUGCAGGACUGAAAGUGAGAGGUUACAUUACAGAGAUUUGGACGAAACUAAGAAAAUUAUAUCAGAUUUGUAGUCACCUUGAUCAUCGUGCUAUAUGUAAUGACAUCCAGUUCAAGAGUUCUAGUCGAUUCAAUGUACUUUAUUUCCUCAUAAAUGUCCUGCGCCAAGUCAACCCUCUUGGCUAGACAGCAGGCUUUUAGGAGUAUGUUGUAAGAAGCCACAUCCAAUUUAACAUUCAUGCUCUGGAAUGCGAAAAAAAGGCAUCAGAUUCAAGAGUAGACCAGAAAGAGCGUAAUAACGUUACAUGCAUCAUCUUUCAACUAGAAAUUGCAUUGCAUAAGAAAGGAAUAAACCAAGAAAACUAUUUUGCCACUAGCAAAAGAGCGGUUGAGUCACUGAAGUUUAUAUAAUUCCAUGGUAUUUCUAACACUGUGCAGCUCUCAGGUCAUGGACAAAAAACCAUUGGUUCUGCAGACGCAAACUACAUAUCCAAAAGGAAAUGGCAAGUUUUUGGUCAGAUUCCAAUGCUCACUAUUCAAGUGACAAAAUAUUUAAAAUAAUUAUUUUAUAAUAAUUUAUCAUAGCUUUUAAAUCUUGAAUGUCUUGCCAGUUAUCAACACCUAAACUGGACUACUGAAAAAAAUUUAAGUAAUUUCAACCCAGUUGUGAACAACUUUGCAGAACUAAGAAAAAAUAUGAUACUAGGUAUUGUAGUUGACAACUGCAGAAGAAGACUUGUUGAUAACUCAUGAACACGUGCUGGCAACUGAUCUUGGACAGAAAUAAGAUACACAGAAUCGCCCCAUCUGUUGGCAUUUUCUAUUUAAAGCCAAAAUAAAAUUGCACAGAGUCAACAGCAUUAUCCACACAUUUAACUAUUGGAACAAGAUGUGGAUCACUCAUUGGCAUGUAUCAGCAACCAACGAGAUUUUCUUAAUCACAACGCGUCGUUCUUUCAGGUUAUUAAUAAGUCACUAUGGAGUGAGAAACACGCAUGGGAUUCAAAGGUUAUUUACCCUAAAGAUUCACGUCUCUCCUCAAGUACAAGGUGAAACUUAAGCUCUUGCGGUGUGGUAUCAACCUCUUCUAAGACUUUCUGAAGCCACCUAUGCCCUUAAAGCUCUUCUCUAAACUUACUAUGUGCGUUUAUAAGUUAGAAAUUUUGAUUUCUUUGUUAUCCUUAAUGUAAGAGUAAAUUUGUUAUUAAGUAGGUCACUGGCUCCGAGAGAAUAUUGCGUAGCGAAAACCUCACAGUAGGCCUCGAGAGUGAAUUAGCCUUGGAGAUCCCCAAAUAUUGGAAAUCUCUCAUUUCACCAUGA